GCACCCUCGCGCACGGAGAAGCUGAGUUGGAGGAUCAUGGCGGAGCGCAGGCGGCACAAGAAACGGAUCCAGGAGGUGAGCGAGCCCACCAAGGAGGAGAAAGCGGUGGCCAAGUACCUUCGAUUUAACUGCCCCACCAAGUCCACGAACAUGAUGGGCCACCGAGUGGACUACUUCAUUGCCUCAAAGGCUGUGGACUGUCUGCUGGACUCCAAGUGGGCCAAAGCUAAGAAGGGAGAGGAGGCACUCUUCACCACCAGGGAGUCGGCGGUGGAUUACUGCAAUAGACUCCUAAAGAAGCAGUUCUUUCACCGAGCUCUCAAGGUGAUGAAGAAAAAGCCAGAGAAAGAUGCCAAGAAAGAGAAAGAGAAGGAGAAAGCAAAGGGUGACAGCAGCAAAGAGGAGGAGAAAAAAGGGAAGAAAGAGAAAGAGAAGAAGAAAGAGUCUGAGGUUGCUGAAACUAAGAAAGAGAAAAGUGAUGACAGUCCUGGAACCCCCAAGAAAAAGAAAGAAGUGAAGAAGAAGUUUAAACUGGAACCUCACGAGGAUCAGCUGUUCCUAGAUGGAAAUGAGGUGUAUGUGUGGAUUUACGAUCCUGUCCAUUUCAAGACGUUUGCUAUGGGUCUGAUCCUUGUUAUUGCAGUGAUAGCAGCCACUCUGUUCCCGCUGUGGCCAGCAGAAAUGCGUGUUGGAGUGUACUAUCUAAGUGUUGCAGCCGGCUGCUUCGUGGCUAGUAUCCUGCUUCUAGCUGUCGCACGCUGCAUUCUCUUCCUGAUCAUCUGGCUGGUGACCGGCGGGCGCCAUCACUUCUGGUUCCUCCCCAACCUGACAGCAGACGUCGGUUUCAUUGACUCGUUCAGGCCUCUCUACACUCAUGAGUACAAAGGACCGCGGGCGAGCGACAAGAAGGGCUCAGACAAGACGGACGAGAAGGACAGUGGCGCCUCCACCAAGGCUCAGAAGUCAGACAGCGAUGAGAAGUCGGACAGCGAGAAGAAGGACGGUGACGACGACGAGGAGGAGGAAGAAGAGGAGAGCAAAGAAGCAGGACCAGAGGACAGUAAAGAAGCAGAGGGAGAGGAAAUGGAAGACCGCCACUCAGACACAGACAGCGACCGCCGGGAGGAUGAAGGCUCGCAGCACAGCAACGGAAACGACUUUGAGAUGAUCACCAGGGAGGAGCUGGAGCAGCACACGGAAGAGGAGGAGGAGGAGGAGGAAGAAGAGGAGGGAGAGGAGGAAGAUGAGGAGACACAAGAGAGGAAAGAAGGGGGUGGGAGUGAAAAUAAACCCCAGACUGCAGAAACAUAAACUUAAUCGAGUCCCAUUACUCUCUACUUCUCUCUGUCCUUCCCUCCCUCCCUGCUGUGAUCCCAGGACCUGCUAGUCCGGUCUCUCUGAGCUCGCUGAGGCCGCGCACAGGCUCCAUCUCUUGUUGUUGAGAUCUUCCACUAAACAGUACCGGGAUAGAUGCAACACUGAAAUGUUAACAGCUUACGACAGUGGGGAAAGAUGUUUAAAAAGAAGCCUUAUGGUGGAUCAGAUUCCUCCCACCCAAAUGUUAUUUAUGGUAAAAAUGAAACUGCCGCCGGACACGUUUGCCUGAGGAACCCAUCAGACCAGAACAUCUCUGAUGGAAGGUCGCUGGUUCUUUGUCUCGUUGGCUCCUCGUGUCAUGAUGUUACUUUGUCUUAAUUCAACUCAAGUUAUUUUUAUCACAUCCCAUGUCACUGACUAAAUUUGGAUGUUUUGUAUGUGAGGUCAGAUCCAAAUGAUACAGAAGAUUGAUGAUAUUAAACUGACCGUAAUAGAUGACGAUGCUAGUUUCUUUGCUCCUUUUUUGUUUUACAUAACUGUCCUUUGAGCUCCACACUGUUAGUAUAAUCACAGGAGUUACGGAGAGACCCCCCCAUUCUUUCUUUUUUGUGGUAUUUUGGUGAGCCAGCUAUGCCAGGAGCACACGUCCCAUCCAGUCUGAUAGCUUUCUCAGGCAGAACUGAAAGGAAAAUGACCAGCGUGUCAGAUUUGAAACCUGAACUGAGUAGGGUGGACCAAAUCCUGUAGUUUACGCAAAGAAAACUAAAAAAGAAACUGACCAUAAUGUGGCUGGAUUGAGUGUUUGGACAGCAGAGUAGUACGGCUCUUUGAGGUACUUCCCAUUUUCUGUUUUUUUUUUUUAAUGGCUUACGAUCAUAGUGCAAUCCUCUAAACACAUUGUGGAGUACUUCUAGUUCAUUUUUAAUAAUGUGGAACUCAUAUUUAAGAGUAAGUGUAAUCAACUGGGACACAGCUGGUGUACUUAAUUUUCUUUUUUUUAGGAAAAGAUUGCGGUAUUUGCUGUACAACUAAAACUAGAAUGUUGACUGAAUUAUUUGCAAACUGAACCAGAUUUAAAGUAAAGCAAACUAGUGCCAAACAUAGCUAAUAACGAUGUUCUGCAUGCUUUUAACAUGGAGUGUGAAAGCGGGGGGAGGGGGGGCGUUUUGUGAAUUUGUUCAUUUUUGUUACCGCAGUGUCAAACUCAUCAAAACUUUCACAUCUUUGGACGAAAUGAACAGAAAAAGCACAGCACAAGGUUGUUAGUGUGCAGCUACACGAAGAUUUUUGGUCUCAAUGAAACCGUUUAAAGGUGUUCGCACUAGACUCCCAUCCAAACCAGUCCUGUCUAGUCUCACACAAGCCGUUGUGUGAAAAUAGUGGGUGUUUUUUUUUUUUGUUUUUGUUUUUUAAAUUAAGCUCCACUGACCAGUCGAAGCUGGCAACAGUGUAACCGAGGUCCAAGCUGUUCCUUCACAUUAUUUUCUGGCUAGAAAUGUCUUUAGAUGCUCUUUAUAGUCAUAGCGAGGAUAAUAUUUAAGUAUAAAUAAUAGAAAUGUAUCAUUUAUAUAUGGAUUCUAUCAAUAUAUCAGAUAUAUACAUACAGUACACGGUCUAAAAAACUAUGAAACAAGCUUUUGUCCUUUUCUUUUGCAUUAGGUGUAAUUUUAUUCCACAGAGCGUCUAUUUUUGUUUUUAUAUGAUCAAUAAGUGUACUCAUUAUUUAAAGGUAACAUCUGGGAUUAGAAAACAGUGGGUUCUACUAGAUAUCAGCAUUUUUUCCUUUUUGUUUUGUCAUUUGCCUCUUAAUGUUAACUGUGUGAUCUGGUUGGUUAAUUGUGCACUGCCACAUCACUAACGUCUCACUAACAACAGGCAGUCAUUAACCUGAGGUUAUAAAGCCAGUGGCUUGUGUAACACUGACUGCAGCUCGCCAGUUCCAACACAAUCUGAUGAAAUAAUGUUUUAAUAUAUUCCACUCAGCUCUCUGUACAGUUGUUUUGUUUCGCCCUAAAACAACUCCUCCUUUAGACUGUAUUAAGUAGUUUGUUUCUGUCUGCUGUAAUCCCACUGAGGUUUGUAGCUCUCUGACUUUCGAACUUGUGCACCACCAUGUUGUUGUCUUGUUUGUUUUUCAGUGUCUUUGUUUUUCUUUUCUUCCCCAAACGGGCAAAGUGCAUCUCUGUUUACUGAGUUGCCAGUGUGCCAGUGGCUGUACUCUGAAUAUUGGCAUAACCAUUUUACAAAAGAGAGAGAAAAAAAAAAGAUUCUCCCAGUUGUUCUUGACUGUUGCACAGUAUCGGUCUGUUGUAUAUUGUAGUAUUAUUACUCUCUAUGCUGCUGCUUCUCAUCACACAUUUCUGGGGGAAAUAAAAGUGAAACUGUAAAACAUCCAUGUUUUAUCUCUGGUCAAAAACCAUGUCUUUUGAUCACCUAGUUGUCCACAUUUGGAUCGAUAUCAUUCUCAAGACUGUCUCCUGAAAUGUUGGGAGUAUAAUUUAAUAAAAUUGGAUGUCUGGAAAUAUAUCUGUAUCUUAUCAUUGCAAUAAAGAUAUAGAAAGCA